ACAAAACUGAGUCACCUGAGAAGGUUUGGCUGGGCCUGCUGUAGAGGCAUCCAUUUUGAGAAGGGUUUUUGCCUCACAGCACUCAAAUGUCUGCUAAACUCACAACUGACCAGUGUGGAGCUUGCACUUAGCCACAACAAGUUCCUCUACGACAAGAAAUGGUAUCUUUCUUCCAUCCUCAAUGAUUAACUAAACCCAGAGCCCCCUUACUGUAUAUCAGCCCAUAGUAUGAAAAGCUGGAAUAAGAUAUUCAAGAGAGGAGACCCGGAGAGUGUGGAUGGGAACUCCUCUUUGAAGAAAAACUCCUUGAACAAUGCCCCGCUGGAGCUAACACCUCAGAGGGCCUUAGAUGACGACCUUUCAGAUGACGCAAACUCCACUGCCCACUCAUCCAGCACACCCCCAUCUGUACAAGGAGUGGGGGGUGGUGGGGACGAGGGGACCCUUAAGAACAGGUUGAGAACUCUCCUCCCCCAAUCAUGGGGCAGUAUUCUCCAGAAAUGGAGCAAUGGGGAUGCUGACUCUGACCUGGGCUCCACAGGGGUCAAGAUUGUGCCCAAUGGGACCAGGGUGAGUCCACCUGUCAGUCCCAUACUGGAGAGGAGGUACUGGGACACUCAGGACUCACUGGGGACCUCCAGCAAGAGUUCCCAUAGGCCCUUGUUGAGGGACGUUCCUAUAGACAAUGACCUACUCCAUUAUCUUCCAGAGGAAUCAGAGCUGACCAGUAUCCAUCCAGCUGAGUACUAUGCUGAGAAGGUGGAGGUCUACAAGCUGAAAUACUCCUAUAUGAAAUCAUGGCCUGGGUUACUGAGACUCCUGGCUGGGUUUGAGCUUCUCUUUGGGGGUAUGGUCCUUGCCUGUGUCUGUGCCUACAUCCAUAAGGACAGUGAGUGGUCGAACGCGUAUGGACUGUACAAUGGUGCGUAUAACAAUGGAUAUGGCACAUCGGGGAAGUCCUAUAAUGGACCUAUGACUCUAUUUGUGAUAGCGGUGGUUGGGGUGGUGUGGAUUGUAACCAUCCUCCUACUGGUAAUAGGGCUGACUAUGUACUACCGCACCAUCCUCCUGGACUCACCCUGGUGGCCUCUCACUGAAGGCGUCAUCAACGUCGCCCUGUUCCUCCUCUACAUGGCUGCUGGUAUCGUGUACCUGAAUGAUCUCAACCGUGGGGGUUUGUGUUACAUGACUAUAGGUAUUAACCCCAUAAUGUCCAGCCUGUGUCGGGUGGACGGGGGCCAGAUGGCUGGCACGGCUUUCAUCUUCAUCAACAUGCUGAUGUACCUCAUCAGCUUCCUGGUGUGUCUGAAGAUGUGGAGGCACGAGGCCACCCGCAGGGAGAUGGAGUUCUUUGAGAACCAGGAGCAUCUGAGGCCCAUCCCUGUGGCUCAGACCAAAUCUCCCAAUCCGCAGACCAAGAGGAUUGUGUUUGAGGAUGAGAUGGACAGCUCAGUGAGGGCAACCAAACUCCUCCACAUCACAGACUUUCAGCAAGAGGAGCCAGGCAGCCGGAACAGAGCCAUCCCCACAGGGUACGCCCAGAAGCCCAGAGUCAUCGCAGAUUAUGUCAUGAAGUAUCCAGAAAUCUCCUCUUUGGAGGAUAGGGAGAAAUACAAAGCUGUCUUCAACGACCAGUAUCAGGAGUACAAGGACCUUCACAAAGACAUCAGUGACACCCUCGUGAAGUUCAGAGAGCUGGAUGCCAUGAUGGGUAAACUCCUCAAAGAUGGCAACAGUCAUGAGGAGCAGAAGAGAAUCCAGCGGAUUUUGAAGAAGUACGAGCAAAAAAAGAGCGACCCUGCUUUCCUGGAGAAGAAGGAACGAUGUGACUAUCUGAAAGCUAAAUUAAGCCACAUCAAGAACAGGAUCCGCAAUUUCGACCAAGACACCAUGGCAAAGGGUCGGAUGUGAAGAAAUAGCGCGUACACAGAGGGAACAAAGGGGACAUUAUUAUUCUGUUCCUGUCACGUCUUCUCUGUGAGACUGUUAUUUCAGCACUAAUUGUGUUUUUGGUGUGUUACUUAAGUCGGUUUCAGUAAAUGGCUGUACAAAUCAGUAAACUGUGUGUUGUUACAUUAUAGCCUGCAACAUUUUUUGUGCUUACUGUAAAGAUGACUUUCCCACGAAUAUUGUGUGUGAGUUUCAGUCAUGAAGUGAAUGAACUCAUAAACUCAUAAACGGAGUGCAGUUGUGUACAUACCUUUGGACUUUUGUGAACAAUGCUAACAGGGUCAAUUCCCAUUGCAUCGACAAACAUUGCAUUUACGCUUGUAGGCCUACAGGGCAAUACACUAUCAAAUCCUUGGAGAGUUUGUCAUAUGUAAUUUAAAAUAUGAAAUGCUAAAAGGGCAGUUGAGUACCAGCAAUCAAUUUGAAGCUGUAAAACAAUAGGCUAAUGACAUGCGCCAGCUAGCACAUUUGGUUCCUUGGAAGUUGUGGGAAUGUAUGUUUUUGGUUCCACAUUGGUUGUGGAGAUGAAGUCAUACGUUUCCUGAACGGUAAAACUGUACGUUUAAAAAACAAAAUCUCUGAGAACAGAAGUGACAAUUUCGCCUGUUCUGGGAACGUUUAGUUUUAGGUUGCAGGGAGGUUAUGAGAACGUUUUACCCUUGUUCCUUGAAUGUUUUCCUAGGAGUUUUAUUAAUGCUCUGAUAAUGGAAAUUAUUGGUUAACUGGAGGGUUUUAAUUAACUUCUUUAAAACUUUCACUGAAUGUUUCAAUAAGACUUUUAAUAACACUACUAGCUUAUUUUGGGUUAACUUUUUUGAACUCCAAGCACAAAUAAGACACAUGGAAAUGUAUUUCCUUAGGCAUUAAUCGUGCAAACAGAUUUUUUUUUAACUUGUGACACAGCAUCAGUGAGAUCCAAACCUAUAAUCUUUUGUUCUUGAUCCUUGGAAUAAGUCCACUAAGUCACCAGGUCGGAGAUAGCGUGCCAUGUUUUUUUUACGCAUAAAAGGCUGUUCCUUUAAGUCUAUUCAAAUAGACCCUAUUUCAAAGGAAACAAGCACUCAUUAAGAUCAGGUGUGGCCAAUUAGUGGGGACGGCCAACACACCUGAACACACUUAACAAGAUAGAGGAUAGAGAGUUUUGUUGCUGAUGAGAACGGAAUAUAUAUGUUUUUAAAUAACAUUAUUAGAACAUCCUCUGAACGUUACUAAAGUUUUAUUGUGUUUUUUUUAUGGAACGUUUUCUUAACGUUCUCUGAACAAUUUGAGAACAUAACUUUAAAUAGAACCACGUGGAAACCUGUAGAAAAUGUUAUGCGGAAGUACUAAAAUUCCCACAGAAAUGUUUUUCUUAAUAUUCUCUGAACUAUUUGAGAAUAUUCCCAAUGUCAAACCAGUUGGAGAACGUUCCUAGAACAUUACCAACAUUUAAUGUUUGACAUUUUAGGAAAGGUUAUGUUAAAGAAAUAAGUAAUAUGUUCAUUUGUAUCUCAGUUGGUAGAGCAUAGCACUUCUAAUGCCAGGUUAGUGGGUUCGAUUCCCAGGAUUACCCAUAUGUAAAAUGAAUGCACGCAUGAGUGUAAGUCGCUUAGGAUAAAUGCAUCUGCUAAAUGGCUUAUAUUAUUAAUAAAAUAUCAAGAAAAUAAAGUUUGUUUAUCAAUUUC